CUUGUGUUUGUAUACGACUCCUGACACGCGCUGUUGUACCUAUACCCAUCAAAAGCUCGUCAGUUUUUUUUUCCAAUUUCAAAACGUCCGAUUACCGCCCGUAAACACACACGUGCCCACACACUUUAACAUACCAUCGUUUUAUUAUUAAAAUAAUAGAUACAUCAGCUGUUAAAUUCCGUGGAACGCACGACUCGUGGCUUGCAACAAAUAUCAGCUUCUGUUUGUCCGAAGAUCCAUCAUAUCGAAUGGCAAAGUAGAUGAUAAAAUCGUAUGACAACCAUCAUGCCGUAUCAGGAGAAGACCGUGACCGGUUGAGGUCAUGACGACGCAAUGCGGUCCACCGACGGUCUGCUGGCACUGCUAUGGGUCUUCAUCGCCAUAGCUGUGACUGCGAGGACGCCGCGUGCCGCGGCGGCUACGUGCCCACAGCCCAGUGAUGCCGUCCGGCGGUGCAAAUGUUCCAGCCGAGACAACGAAAUACAGAUAUGGUGUAGUCAUGGAGAUUCGAAGACCAUAUUGGAUGAGUUGAAGCAGUUAGCCUCAUCCGUAACUGAUCCAAUUGACGAACUAAUAUUGGAAAACAAUGCCAUUUCGUCAAUGCCUGCCAAUGCUUUUUCAACUUUAAAAAUUAUACGAUUAAUGUUACGAGAAAAUGGAAUUCAAAAAGUUGCCUCCAACUGGUUGUCUGAUCAAGAAACAAGCAUAUUAGAAUUAUUCAUAGUAGAAGCAGAACUUAGAAGUUUUCCAGAGGAAAGUUUGAUGGUUUUACCUAGACUAGAAGCGCUAUCGCUAAUUGCAGGUUCACUGACUCGACUACCAAUAAUAUCUGGCUUAGCUAGAUUGAGGUAUGUUCAAAUCGAAGCAUCUUCACUGAUAAACAUGGGGACAGGAAAUUUCUUGGGGUUGCCAUUUCUAGAACAGUUGCAUAUCACUGGUUCUCCAAAAAUGCAAAAAUUGGACGUAGGCACCAUACAAGAUUUGCCUCGACUAUUUUUGCUAAAUUUCACGGAUUGCGGAAUCACGUGGAUGCACCCUAGAGCUUUCGCUCGCUUGCCAUCACUUAUUGAACUAUCAUUAGUCGGCAACAAGCUAGCUGAUGCGUCCAAUAUCGGAGGAGCAAUUAGAGAUUUGACCUCAUUGACUACAAUCAGACUAGAUAGAAAUGAAUUAGAAUUCAUUAAUGAAGCCACAUUCGUAGAUAUACCAUCAUUACGUCACGUUUAUCUCUCCGCGAAUAAGAUAAGUGACAUACGCAGGGGAGCGUUCCAUCGAAUGCCCAAUCUGAAGUCAAUCGAUAUAAGCAAAAAUCAAGUACGUCACAUCCACCCAGAGUCAUUUACACCCGUCCGUGAUAACAAUCUAGAAGAAUUAUGGUUAUCCGAAAAUUCCAUAGACAACGCGAUGACAAUAAGACUAAUUUUAGACAUGUUUCCUAAACUUCGUUUUCUGGAUGUCAGUAGGAAUCAGUUACAGGACAUAAUUUAUGGAUCAGUACAGGGACAUUCAAGACUAGAAAUGUUGUAUUUAGAACAUAAUAAACUGCAAAGGGUUGGCAGGGAAACAUUUACCGCAAUGCCUAUGUUGAGAGAAUUGAGAUUGUCCAAUAAUUCACUGUCCAAUUACUUAGCAAUUCCUUUAUGGAAUUUACCCAUGUUAAAAGGGCUUGACAUAUCGUUUAAUAAAUUUGACAAACUAGAGCGGCGUAUGCUAGCUACAUUACCAUCAUUAAGACGAUUUGAUAUCAGUCACAAUAUUGUUUCGUCGUUGGAUCCGACCACUUUUAUCGAUACUCCAAAUUUAGAACAUAUCAAUAUAUCUCAUAACAACAUAGAUUCUAUAAACUCUCUAACACUAUCCCAUUUAUAUCAUUUGUACGAAUUUGAUGCAAGUUACAAUAGACUUAACCAAUUCGUAGGUGGUAUGCCAAGAGCCAUCGAAUACUUAUACUUAUCUCAUAACAAAAUAAUGAGCUUGCCAAGUGAUAGUUCAACAGAUUUACAUCUACCAGCAUUGAAGCUUCUUGAUGUUUCAGAUAAUGGUAUUCAUAGAGUACCAUCGAAUUCAUUGACUGCUUUAAAUUUAUUGCGUUGGCUCUAUUUGGGUGGCAAUUCAAUGCAACAACUGGAUAAUGGGGCGUUUAGUGGAUUAAACCAAUUAGAAAUUUUGACAUUAAAUGACAAUAAAUUAUUAACUAUACAUCCAAAUACUUUUAAGGAGUUACCUCUUCUUAACGAAUUAAAUUUGAAAGGUAACAGAUUAGAGAUAUUAGAACCUUCUUUGUUGGCUAAUAAUGAAAAAUUGAAAAAGCUCGAUGUAAGUCAUAAUAGACUAACUGAAAUUCAUGAAUCAUAUUUUUCUGUUAAUAAGGAACUCGAAGAACUAUCUAUUUCUCAUAAUUCUUUAUCGGAGUUUCCGUCAUCAUUAGCAGCGAAUCCAAACUUAAAAAUUCUAGAUUUAAGAAAUAACGAAAUUAAACAAAUGAAAAGUGGAAUGGUCUCAUCAAUGCCAUAUCUAAAAGAGUUGUAUUUGUCAGAAAACAACUUAAACAUUUUAAAUGAAGGGGCCUUCCAACAGCUACCAAAUCUGACUAUUUUAGAAAUGGAAGGAAAUAAUCUUAACACAUUACCUUCGUAUGGCAUACAAAGUUUGCCAAAUCUUAUGGUUGUAAAAAUGGCUAGAAACAAAUUGGUUUCCUUGCCAAGUGCAGCUAUGGUGAAUCUACCAAUGCUACAAAUUGUUGAACUGCAACAAAACCAACUUAAUGAGAUAGCUAGUGAUGCAUUUGUUGGUAUACCAAAUUUAAUUAUGAUGAACUUGAGCCACAAUUAUUUGAAUGGGAUGGAGAAAUCUGGUUUAAAUAAUCUAAGAAACUUGGAAGUCCUUGAUUUAAGUCAUAACAAGUUAAAACAAAUAACUACUAGAAGCAUACAAAAUAUGCACUCAUUAAUCAUGUUAAAACUUGAUAACAACAGAUUAUGUAAUAUUGUUGGAAGCCCAUUUGAAGGAAUGAGCCGUUUAAGAGUAUUAAGCUUACGGGACAAUAAGAUGACUUCACUAUCAGAAUCUACGUUUAACAGUAUCAAACCUACAAUAUCCCGUUUGGAUGUUGAUGGUAAUCCAGUACACUGUGCUUGCAACAUGAAAUGGUUGCAAUCAUGGUUAAGAACAACAGCUGACAGUUUUGGCCCUAGAUGUACCGACGGUACUUUGCUUAGAGAAAUGCCUUUUACAUCGAAGCACUGCGACGAAAAAGAAUCAAACAAUAUAGAGGAAAACAUUCCAGGCUGUGAAAUCGAAUCUGUUCCUGUUGGUAAUGCAAAUGCAGUGACAUCAAAUAAGGUAACAACGUGGACAAACAGCGAAGAAUCAGAUAAAAAUAAGCCACUGCCAGAGGAAACUGAUUAUUUUUACGAUGACGUUGUCGAUCUAAAUGACAAAACUGAACUCCAAAGAGGUUAUUCAACUGAGAAAACACUGUCGACAAUAUCUCCUGCAAUUUUAUCACACUACGUACCCGGUGAUACCCCAACAUUGUAUGCCAGUUCUCGGCCUAAUAGCUCUUCUUCUUACACCGAUGACCACUCGGUGCAGAGCAAUGCCGGUGGUACUGCGUAUACAUUUUUCGGGGUACCAAUACCACCACUGAGUCUGAACAAUAUAUGGGGCCAAGCAAAAGGCACCGGUAAAAGACUCAAGGAUGGUAGAAGAAAUUCAUUGCCAAAAAGGACGUCAACAGUAGACCAAGAUAGUUUUACACCAAUAUUACCGGGCACUAGUGGUUUCCGACCAAUGAUGACUACUCCUGAUAAUAAUUUCUUUGGAGAAGACGUGGAGAAUGAAGACGAUGUAGAAAAUAUUUACAGAAAUACUAGUGCGUCUCAUAAAAUUAUAGGUUCAGGCAGUCCUCCACGGUAUCAACUUAGCAGCACCACAGAAUCACCAUUCCGUUAUGAUAGAUUUUCCAGCAGCGACUUAAGUUUUUCUAAGUUCGUAAACAUCACGACUCGUGAUUCCUUGUUCGAGUCAGCCACUAUAAAUUCGAUCAUUAGACCAACCGUUAAGCCAAAUAUAACCAACAACCAGCAACAAACGUUGGCGUCAGCUACCACCUUACAAAGCGAUGAUUCAGCUAACCAAUCCGAACUUUCACUUGUUCAACUGUCAACAGCGGGACCCGCGACGACGAGCUCGGCGACCCAACAACAGCGCCAAUUUGCCACCGUCACGCAUCCGGCCACCACAGCAGCGUCGACGACGGCGCCCGGUACGACCGCAGCGGUCUCCGAAGCGGUCAACGUGUCCACGCCAUCGUCGCUGACCGGUUUCUUGGCACCCGGUGGUCAGCUGCCGGUUCACAAAGAUGGAGCCAGUGGCCAGGUUCCGGUGCAGAAAGAUGUAACCGGUGGCCAGAUCCCGGUGCAAAAAGAUGGAACCGGUGGCCAGGUGCCGGCGUCACACAAAGACGGUGGUGGCGUAGUGGUCACCGGUAAGCCAUCCAUCGUGAAGGUGACGUUGAGCCCACCCGGCCAACAGGGCCAGCCGCAGCAACAGCAACAGCUACAGCAACCACAACAACAGCCCCAGCACCAGAGGCCCCAGGCGGCGGCGGCGGCAGAAGACGCAAAGUACUCGAAGAGUGGCGCCAACAACCAUCAGCAAGCGUACCAACUCCCUCCGCCCACCAGGUCAUCGGAUGCGUUCCAGUCGACGCCGUUCAAGACGAGUUCGGCGAGCGACUGGUACUAUGCCAACUACAACAAGACAAACGUGGAACCGUUCGUCAGCAAGACGUCGUCCACGGCGUCCCGCGCCGGACGUCCGCCUACUAUUUCAGCCACGGCAGCGAUUGCUGCGACUGCCUUGACGGCCGUUUCAGGUUUCGGACGAUCACCCGCUACCCUUGUAAUACCAUACUGUACACUGACCUAUAUUUUAUAUUAUCAUUACUAUCAUAAUUAUUAUUAUUAAUUUCAUUCGUGAAUUACCUUAUAUAACCUAUACCUAUACCUAUAUAAUUUUACUUAUAGGAUAAUAUAAUAAUAUUGUGUAGAUUUAGAUUACGUAUUGUAAUAUAUGGGCGAACCUCUGAACAUACAUAAUUUGUGUUAUGCCUACAUAUAGCCUGUAGUAUAUACAUUAAACAAUAAUUGUACGUUAUUUGUAUUCAUAUAUCGUAUUCUUAUAUAGUCAGUGCCGAAGCCAGGGGAUAGCUGAAGGGGCUGUGGCCCUGCCAGAAUUUCUUGAAAAAAUUAAAAAUACCUCCAGCGUUCUGUGAACGUAUUACGUUAGACACAACCACCAUGACAUCGUGUAGCUAUUAAAAUGUAAUUUUUACAAGAGUUGCUUCAAAAGUCUAAAAUGUCAUAUUAUACUCAUCAUCAGCAUACCAAUAACUCAUGCAAGGGACCCUAUACUUGGUAUAGUUUAAUCUCCUCUUUAUAACAUGUUAUCAGCCCCUAAAGCAAAAUCCUGUCUACGCCACUGAUUGUAGUACUUAUAUUAUAAUUUAACUGUUAAGUACAAUAUCGGAAUAUAUCAAUUAAGAGAAUUAACAGACGUACAAAACAGCAAAUUUUUCGUUCAUAAUAAUACAUUUUACUCUGUUAUUUUAAAAUUAGAGUGAAUGAGUAAAUAGCAAGAGUGGCUCAUGGUGCAUUUUAAAGCUAAGAUUACUACUUUUAAGUAAGUUAUGUUAGUUUUAAAAUGUACAGAUUGUUACAUUGUACAUACAUGUAUGAUCAUAACUUGCUUCUUAAUAAAAAUAUCUAUGAAAGCCUCCGAGAUACCUCAGAUCUUAGCUUUAAAAUGUUUCAUUAGUCAAUUCACUUUUAAUUUUAAAAAUAACAGACUAAAAUGUAUUAUUGUUAAUAAUGAACAUACAAUUUGUCAUGUUGUACGUUUGUAAGUUGGAGACAAAUUAUAAAGUUAGGUAUGUACCUAGUAGCAUUUGAACAAGAUUGUGACCAAUGGUAGUUGUAGAUAUAUUAUACACAAAUAUCCAUAUAUCGGUAAAUGUUAAAAUGUUAUAUAAUAACCGUUCAUAUUUUAUUUCACGUCCACGUGGGAAUAACUAUUUUACGCCUUAUCGUAGUUAUCGUGUUAUGUUAUAUUAUAUAGCUUUAAAUUGUAAUAAAUAGAAAAUGAAUUGAUUUACUUUCUUUUUUGGUAAUAAAUCCUAUGAAUGCCCAAAAUUUAUAAUGCGCAGAUAAUAAUCGUGAUACUUAUUAUGGAAAGAUUUUAUUAUUGCAUACCUAAUAUGUUCUAUAAAUAUUAUUGUGUGAUUCAUGUAUAAAAAUGUUUUAAAAUUAACGAUUUUUGGAGCAUAUAUUAUACUAUAAACAUUAUAUUUUUGUACACAACCAAAUAAAUGGUAGGUAUUUAACUACUUUUAAAUAAUAUAUAC